UUGAUCAACCAGUCAUUUCUCUGCCAUUGGAUCUACCAUCAACAAUUCCCACCCCAGCAAUCCCACCUAAUUAUCUACACCCUUCCACACAAAACCCACCCCUCGCAUCACAACAGAUCUAGUAAUCUGCUCGUACACGGUUAUCUUCGCUUCACCUCCUUCCUCCUUCGAGCUCUGCAAAAUUCCUCCUUUGAGCUUUGCAACAUUUUCUCGAGAUUCAAUUUAAAGAUUUAUGGCGAUUUCGGUUUCGGCUUCAACGAUUCCUUCCUUGAACACUAAAGCUUCUGCUUCUUCUAGAAACCUCUCCAAACUCUCGUCUCUAUCUUCUUUGCGGUUCCCUGUACAGUUCCGUCAGAUUGAAGUUAUUAACAACAGACGAAUUUCAUCGCACUCCAGGCAUCGUUUUCUUCCUCCGGUUGAGGCAAAGAAGCAAACAUUUUCCUCCCUUGAUGAUUUGCUGGAAAAUUCUGAUAAACCUGUAUUGGUUGACUUCUAUGCAACAUGGUGCGGUCCCUGUCAAUUCAUGGCUCCAAUCCUUGAAGAAGUCAGUGCAGCUCUGAAAGAUAUAAUUAAGGUAGUGAAAAUUGAUACUGAGAAGUACCCAAGGAUUGCUGAUAAAUACAGAAUAGAGGCCUUGCCAACUUUCAUUUUGUUCAAGGAUGGGAAACCCUUUGAUCGCUUUGAGGGUGCUUUAACUACAGAUCAGCUCAUCCAACGAAUUGAAAAUUCAUUAAGCGUUAAACAAUAAUCCGAUGGUCAGAUUCUACUGGUAACUGGUGUAGUCAAGUUGUUAGAUUGGAACAUUGAAUUGAGUAAAUGAAGAUUUGACAGGUGAUAACCCUUUCUUCUCUUGUGUAUUUGAAUAAUUUGGUAUUGUAUGAAAAAAAAGAGUUCGUGAUGUUUCUUCAUCUCAUCGAUCUGCGAAAACAUAAUUUUCGAUGAGCUAUUUGUUGGGCACCUGAGAAUUUGCACGAUGCUUUUUGGUUUCAAAAUUCUGAUGCUGAAUUCAACCACUUGGCACUCUUGCGCUCGA